GUUCAUUGUUUAAUGUUAAAUUGCCGCGAUCGCACGCUAACAAAAAACAGUGCUUCGCAUACUAAGUAUUGAAAAAAGUAUUUUUUUUAUGUAGAAUUUGUGUUUGAUCUUUUUUGUGUUUUUUUGUGAUUUUACUGUUUUGAAGCGGGACUAAAAAUUGAAAGAAAGUUUUAACUUUUAUUUUAUAUUGAAAAUAUUGAGUUUUUUCUCUUAUUGAAGAUUACAAUUUGUAAGCUAAAAAUAUGGCUGGAUUUGAAUACAAACUUGGAGUAAACGAACUCAAGUCAAAGGACCAACGGCUGUGGCAGGCGUUAAUAGGAGAAUUUUUAGGAAAUUUCAUUCUAAACUUUUUCGCUGUCGGAGCUUGCACACAACCAGAAGAUGGACUUUUCAAGGCGAUGGCAUUUGGCCUUGGAGUUUUCAUGGCAAUUACGAUUGUCGGUCAUGUUAGUGGAGGUCACGUCAAUCCAGCUGUGACUUUGGGUAUGCUCGUUGCUGGACGCAUAAGUGUUGUGCGGAGUAUUUUGUACAUCUUAUUCCAAUGUGUUGGAGCUACAGCUGGCACAGCAGCGAUUAAGACUCUUCUAGAUGAGCAAUACCAUUAUGGUUUGGGUCAUACUAGUUUGGCACCAAAUAUUACCCCUCUUCAAGGUUUAGGAAUUGAAUUUUUCCUUGGACUCAUCUUGGUACUUACAGUUUUUGGAGCUUGUGAUCCACAUAAACCAGAUUCUAAAUACACUGCACCCUUGGCAAUUGGUAUGUCUGUGACACUCGGCCAUUUGGGAACAAUUCGUUAUACUGGUGCCAGCAUGAACCCAGCUCGUACCUUUGGAACUGCCGUCAUGACUAGUAACUGGAAUAACCAUUGGAUUUACUGGGUUGGCCCAAUUAUGGGUGGCAUUGCUGCUGCACUUGCUUAUACACAGGCUUUGGAACAGCCUGCUCCUCCAGCAAGCAUCUCCUCGUCAGAUAAAUACAAGACACAUGCUGACGAGCGUGAAAUGAAGAAACUGGAUGGUGCCCGUGAUUAUGCUUAAAAGAACUUCCUUUGACUUUUUAAUUUGAAAAAAAAAGCCUCUCCGAUAUGAUACUGAAGUUCAAACUCUCAUUCCUUUGUAAGGAAAUUAAAAGGCUCUAAUGCCCAAAAACAAUUUUUAAGUAUUCGAAAAAAAAAGAAACAAAAAGUGUGCAACACUAUUAUAUUUAUAUUUAAUAUUUUCAUGUUUUUUUUAUCGUCUCUAUUUAUGUUUUUACUAUAUUUCGAACUUUCUUGUAUAAUUCAUUUUAAUUUUGAUUUUUAAUUUUUACUAUAUAAAUAUUUUAUCAACAAAAAACAAAACGAAAAAAAAAGUUUUAGUGUUAAGUUAAAAAACGUUUUCACUGUCGAACAUCGAAAUGUUACUUUUUAUACAUCUUUUAAUUUUUACUGAUUAAAAUCUUUGUAAUAUAUGUAAAAUAAGCAAUUGAAA